CAUCACUCAGUAAAUCAUGAUUAUCAUGAAGCAAUUUUCAAGAUUUGCGGGGGAUACAUAAACCAUUAAAAUUUAUAUAAAUUUACAAUAUAAGCUAAUACUUAUUAAAUUAAGUUAAGGUUUUCCUUGGAAAGUAGGCAAGAGAAACUAGCACCAUGUUCAUUUACGAGUUUAUGGGUGGUGUGCUGGAUGCUAUAGCUGGAGACGAAGCUGAAAUCGACGAUCCAGAACGCGGGUAUGAUCCUCACGAACAUCGCAAAGUUGAGAAACCUACAUCAUAUUCGGAAACCAUGGUGCACAUGUUAAAAGGCAGUAUAGGUGCCGGAAUCCUGGCGAUGCCCGACGGCUUCAGGCGCGUCGGUCUCAUAGCAGGCGUUGUUGGCCUAUUCCUAAUUGGCUCAUUCGCUACAUAUUGCAUUCAUAUGCUCAUAGCAGCGCAGUACAUUUUAUGUAAACGCGCUAAGAAAGGAUACAUGUCGUAUUCCCGCUCCAUAAGGACCGCGAUACAGUCCGGGCCGGCCUCGCUGCGGUGGCUGGCCACGUACCUAGGCAAGUUUGUGAACGCAGUGCUGGUUGUGUGGCAGCUUGGUUUGUGUUGCGUUUACAGCGUGUUUGUCGCAGAAAACGUGAAACAGGUUUGCGAUUACUAUGGAUUGGAAUAUUCAAUAAGACUGCACAUAUUAAUGGGAUUUAUUCCACUCCUUCUUCUCAAUAUGAUGAAGAGUCUUAAAGUGCUGUCGCCAUUAUCAUUUAUAUCAAAUAUAAUAACAAUUUUAGGCCUAAUUCUUGUAUUUUACUAUUUGAUGGAGGAUGACGUGACUGUCGACAACGAAAUGCUUGAACCAAAGAGUUUAGUCGAUUUCCCCGUUUUUGUGGGCAUAACGCUGUUUGCCCUCGAGGCGGUCGGAGUGAUUUUAGCACUGGAAUAUAAUAUGGAAAAGCCAAAGAAGUUUGUAGGAUAUUUCGGACUGUUUAAUAUUUCUAUGGCAAUAAUACUAACGUUAUACUGUUUGGUCGGAAUUUUUGGCUACAUGAAAUACGGAAAAGAGAUUGAAGCCUCUCUCACUCUUAACCUACCGCGACAUGAAAAAAAAGCACAAAUUGCCAAAUUAAUGUUAGCAUUAGCUAUAUGCCUAUCACAUCCAUUACAAAACUUUGUAGCAUAUAUUUUGCUUUGGAAUACAUGCAAGAAGAGAUACCACGGGUCAAAAGCGGGCCUGAUCGACUACUCAUUACGUGUGAUACUGGUCGUAAUACCUGUUGCAAUGGCAGUGGCGGUGCCCGAGCUGGGGCCCAUCAUCUCGCUGGUGGGCGCGCUGUGCCUGUCGCUUCUGGCCAUAGUGUUCCCCGGUCUCAUCGACCUCUGCAUCUGGUACCCGGACAACUACGGAAUACUCAAGUACAAGCUCAUUCGGGACAUUAUAAUCAUAUGUCUCGGAUUUUUUGGGUUGGUGUCCGGAGUAUAUACAAGCAUAUUAGAAAUGAGUCAUUAA